AUGGAUUCCUCGACUGGAUCUCUCCGUCCAAUGGAGCUGCGAGUGUCUGACGAUGGCCUGUAUGCUGCGCACAUGCGUGGGAAAGACCUGGCGGUUUUCUGGAAGCUUGCAGCAGAGCGAAAAGAGAUAGACCUCGAAAGACUCAAAUCAAACGGGCUCAAGACCAUCAAAUUUACACCCACUCAAACAUAUGACCCGGAUGGGCCCUUCUCCGAAAAGAACAGGCGUCUUCUUACGCAUCAAGUCGUGUCUGUCACCAUUUGGAAGUUCCACCCUUUAGAGCAGCUCGCGGAGAUUCAAAACAUCGAGCCAGAGUCAUUAUACGUGGAUUUUGGUGGCAACGAAAAUGAAGUUCUUGUGUUCCACAACUGGAAUACGAAGUUGACAAUUUAUUCACUGAGCGCGGAGCGAAGCAUUGUGAUCAAAUCGCCGAAAUUAGCCCAUUCCCUUGGAUACGGCUAUCGCCCGAAGACCAAACAACUCGCCAUUCUCUUGAAGCCCGAGACCACCGAUAUACUCACAGUUCAUGAGUCUCAAUCAUACGACCUCGUUAAUCGGACAGUUCUUCCAACCGUUGAUGCACAAGGCUUGAAAUGGAGCCCUGACGGAAAGUGGAUUGCUGUCUGGGAUAUUGCCAGUGCCGGCACCAAGGUGCUGAUCUUUACGGCUGAUGGUCAGCUCUUCAGAACAUACCCCAAUGCAUCAGGAUCGGAAGAUGAAAAUGAUACUGGUGUAAGACAGAUUGAAUGGAGCCCGGUCAUAGGCCACAACGGGACUUCGGAAAUUCUUGCUGUUUGCAAGGUCAAUGGCAACAUUGAAUUGCUGCGUACUCACACAUUCUCAUCCUCUACAGUUCUAUCGCACGUCUUUCAAGUCGACUCCACUACCCCCAGAAUUUGGCGGGAACGAUCGACCAAUGCCUUGGGUGAUGCAGAAUACACCGAGACCUCAAGCUCGUCUGCAUUCAACAUGAGUGCCGAUUCGUCAGCGGGUACACACCGUAGCGCGUCCAUUGUGACGUUCAAUGCCGAUGGAACCUUGUUAGCGACAGUUGACUCCACCAAGUCAAAUGUUGUUUGGAUAUGGUCCCUGGAAGGCACGCCGACACUGACAUCUGCCCUGGUCCACGAACAACCGGUGCGACAGCUCACAUGGAACCCCUCGACAUCACAACUACUGAUCAACACCGUCACGAAUAAUCUGCCUUCUGUGCGAUACUGGUCGCCACAAAGUCAACCGAUGAUCGCCAGAGUUCCUACAAAAAAGUCUGACAGUGGACGAUAUGAGGUCAAAUGGUUGACAGUGCCCGACCAGCGGUUUCUGGUUGAACCUUCUUUUGACUAUAUCCACGACUCGCCAUUCUGGUUUGGGUCUAGUGAAGAAUGGGUGGUGGGGUAUCUGUCCGAGGAGGGUGGUACUGCGUACUUUAAAGUGAUCAACUCAAUUGUCAACAGUCCAUAG